AUGGGAAUGAAUUCGGGCAACGUGGGCAGUUAUGCGGCAGGAGUACUGGCAGGCGUAGGAUGGUGGGUCUUUGCGGAUGGUGCAGCGUCUGCAGCCUACACUAAUUCGCAGAUUCCUUUCGACUUUGUAAAGUACUUGCCAGGCAUUGUCUCUACGCUUGCGUUCUUUCUGGUUAAUACCGUGGACUGGGGUAUGUUAUCAGAAGAUGCUCGCUUUGUCUAUGGUUCAGAAGUAGCCACUCGCGCUCGGUGCUUUGUAGUGUUUUGCAUAGCUCUUUCGGUAGCUGCACUAGUGGGUUCGGUAUUAGUGUUUACACACACUUACGUAAACAAUGAGUACAACGAGUCGGCGUGGCCAGGUGCUGCUAUUGUGUUCCAGAAUGGAUUUAUAGUAAUGGGCACUUUUGUCAUGCGAGUCGGUACCAUCGCUGCCGCAUCGACGUAUUGA